CGCUGCGGCCGGAGCGGCCUGGCUGCGGGAUCCGUGCGUAACGAUGGCGGGGCAGCGCCCAGCAUGGGCACUGCUGCUGCUGCGGCUGCUGCUGGCGGGGAUCUCUGCCUGCGACGCCAGCCCAGCGGACGACGGCGCGGGCCCGGGGGGCCGGGGACCCCGGGGACGCACGCGAGGGGACGCGGGCGCUGACGAGGCAGUGCCGCGCCACGACUCCUCCUACGGCACCUUCGCGGGCGAGUUCUACGACCUGCGCUACCUGUCGGAGGAGGGCUACCCUUUCCCCACCGCGCCUCCCGUGGACCCAUUUGCCAAAAUCAAAGUAGAAGACUGCGGAAGAACCAAGGGAUGCUUUCGGUACGGCAAGCCAGGCUGCACUGCCGACACCUGUGACUACUUCCUUAGCUACCGGAUGAUAGGCGCUGACGUGGAGUUCGAGCUGAGUGCAGACACGGAUGGUUGGGUUGCAGUUGGAUUCUCUUCAGACAAAAAGAUGGGCGGCGAUGAUGUCAUGGCCUGUGUCCAUGAUGACAAUGGCAGAGUCCGCAUACAGCACUUCUAUAAUGUGGGCCAGUGGGCAAAGGAGGUCCAGAGGAACCCUGCCCGAGAUGAAGAAGGAGUGUUUGAGAACAACCGUGUCACCUGCAGGUUUAAGCGCCCCGUGAAUGUUCCCAGGGAUGAAACGAUCGUGGAUCUGCACUUGAGUUGGUACUACCUGUUUGCCUGGGGUCCGGCCAUUCAGGGCGCCAUCACUCGCCAUGACAUAGACUCUCCACCGGCUUCAGAGCGCGUUGUCAGUAUUUACAAGUACGAAGACAUUUUCAUGCCCUCGGCUGCCUACCAGACCUUCUCCUCUCCGUUCUGUUUGCUUCUCAUUGUUGCCCUCACUUUCUACCUGCUGAUGGGAACCCCUUAACCACAGCUGCAAGGCCGCAGACCAGAUGGAGUAGUAAAAAAA